AUGGCCCGUUUCCUAAGAGCCGUGGCCAUGCUACUACUGCCCGUAGCGGCGCUGGCCGACCAAGCCGAGACGGCGCCACAGACAUCACUGCCGUCUUACUUUGCCGACUACCAGAUGGUUCUAUCUCUCAGUCCCUCGGAGACAAUGGCAGUCGCAUCACCUCAGUAUCCCGUUGUGCCUCUCACUGGAGGCGCUGGCUUGAACGCAACUCAGACUGCGUUGGGCGUCAUAAGCGUGACAGGCUCAUUGGUCAAGGUGGAUCAGACAAACUACAACUUGUUCAACGAUAGCAGUCAGAUUGCCUACGUGUCGUGCGACCCGAAUGAGUCGAAUAUUUCUCCCAGCGACGUGCUAAAUGGCCUCAUGGACUCGCCCAACCACCCUGCCGCUAUUCUCUUGUACACCGUUGAUUCGUCAAUGAUGUAUUGCUCGCUGACGGGCAACGAUUUGACCUACCAGUCGAUAUGGAGUAUGGUCAGCUCCGAGGAUGCUUGGGAGGCUAGGAAUCUGACUGCUGUUGCUGCCUCCAGUACGGUUGAGGCUGCCAUCACCGGGAACAGCACGGGAGCGUCGUCUAGCUCCAGUGCCAGUGGGGGAAACAACUCUGCAGUAGCCAUGAGCAUCCUUUAUAGUAUUACCGGCCUGAUUACUCUCCUCUUCCUUGUCAUUAUCGCGACCGGCGCUGUCCGCGCGCACCGGAAUCCUGAAAGGUAUGGACCGCGCGCUGGACACGGCGGUCGUCCCAGACAGAGCCGAGCGAGGGGCCUUGCCAGGGCUGUCCUCGAGACACUUCCCAUUGUCAAGUUUGGAGACCCUCAACCUGCCAAAGGCGACCCGGAUCAAGAGCUCGAGAGCGUGGCAGGAGACCAUCGGGUAGACUCUCCAGAACCGGUGCCGAACAUGACUUCGGGCAAGGCAGCUGUAGUAUCAGCACCGACGACGACGACGGCAACGACGGAAUCAAAUACAGACGGUGCCAAAGCGCCUGCCGCAGAAGCCGGUACUCCUUCCGCAAAGAAUGGAGGAGCUGGAGGAGAUGAAAACCUGGGCUGCACCAUCUGCACAGAAGACUUUACUGUUGGCGAAGAUGUACGGGUGCUGCCUUGCGAUCACAAGUUUCACCCUGCCUGUAUUGAUCCCUGGUUGGUCAAUGUUUCUGGCACAUGUCCGUUGUGUCGUCUUGAUCUUCGUCCACAGAAGUCAAAAACAUCGACCAAUUCAGCAGAAGUUACAGGCACUAGUAGUGCGGCUGGCGGUGAGACUGAGGCUACUUCUGCUGCCGCCGCCGAUAAUACCGCACCAGAUGCGAGACAAGAUAGGCGUAGAUCGCGCCUCUUGGACUGGAACCGUCUACGUCAUGCACCGGUAGAUGAACGCAUUCAGGCUCUGCGGCAGAUUCGGGAGGAAGGGCUAUCAUCAAAUGCAGAAGCGGUUUCCCCAAACACGCAGCACACGAGAUUGACCGACAGAUUACGAGAAAAGUUUCAUAUUCGAACACGAACCCAAGGUUGA